AUGUCAUCAAAAAAUCUGUCGGAAGGUUCCACUUCUUCACCGUCGUCGUUGACGAAUUUCGUCAGGUGGAUCAAGACUCAAGUCCUACGUGUGGAUCAAUCAAAGAGCACUGAUUCAACAAAGAAACCCUCCUCAUUCAAGGCCUCGAGAUCCUUUCCAAGUUCGAAAUUGUUUGCGCACAAUGAUCCCAACAAGAAGUGUCGACACAGUGAUUCCUUCAUGGACGAUGCGAUCUGGGUCGAAGAAGAACUCAUCGAUAAAGAUGAUUUGAUCUUAUCGGACAUGCCCUCGGUAAUCCUCGAGGAAAAUGGUAUUUACACUUCCCUUCCAACCUCACCCGUAGGUUCCACCGAGCAGGCGGUUGGCAUGAAGAAAAAUUGUCUGAAGGAUACACACAUCGUACGUGGAUCGGUCGAACACUUUGCCUACGUGAGAACCCUGAGGAAGAUGCGUCCCGGAAGAGUGCCGAAACCCCUAUUUCAGAUGAUUAUGUUGAAUGGCACCAUAACAAAGCUUUCGUGUACCUACGAAUUUUCGGAAUUUCAACGCGAGGAACUGAGGUGCUACAAGACCAGGGUUUACGGGAUUAAUCGGAGAUAUUCGCGUUCAAACGCUGGUGGUUCAACCUUGGAAUCUCAGUCAAAUUCCGCUGUCGACAAGAAGCUCGCCAUCGUUACAAAAUAUCAGACCGAGUCACAGGUCGUCGUGAGGUAUCGGCCUUCCUAUUCGUCAACAAAGGUGCUCACGAUCUAUGACGAGGACCUGAACGAAUUGGUGGUAAAGGACUUGCCGUUGGCACGUAAGAGGAGGAGAGCUAGUAAUUCAAGUAUCUCAAGCAUUAGUACCAAUAGCACCAGCACGCUCGUAAGAAGUUCAUCAACCUCGUCAAACUCUUCGCUGUCCUCGUCCACAACUCUCGCUGAUCCUGAUGGGGACGUAAUUUCCAAUAAAUCUUCCCUGAGGAAAGCGAUGUCGUUGAAGCUUAACAAAUUGAGAUUGUCAAAAAUGGGCAAGAUGGCGACAAAACAUCAAAAACGAAACACCGUCUACGAAUUUAGUCGCCACGACGACGAUGGCAAUAAUGGUGGUGGAGACGACGAUGUUUCUUUAUUUGUUCUCAAAGAACAAUUUAAAUAUUCCGGAAGGACUUGCAGCAACGCAUUUCAGAGGUGUCCUUCGAACAUAAAGGUCCGCGAAUUGCCUGUCGGAGGAAACGAGAGUCAAUUAACAACCUUGACCGUGUGA